AUAAAUGUUGCAUAAGGCUUUGUGCCUUCUCGUCUCCCACUUAUUUAUGGAGGAGGAUCUUCUCGACAAAUUUUUGGCACAGAUCAUAACAAUUCUUGACUAAUUGGUGUCGUAUAGGCAGCGAAAUCUCCAAAGGCACUCCAGUUAGCUGACUACAAAUUAUUCUGGAUUGACAUCUGCUGAUUUCAUUAUUACGUUAUAACAUCCUUGGUUAAUGCAGUUCGAAAUACAUAAUUUGGAAUUCUGAUCAAAUCCAUACUAUAGCUUCAUCACAAAGCAAAUUUAUCCGCCCUACAUGGAGGUGUUAUUAUUAUCAUUUUAUGCCAAAAUAUUUGGUUGAUUCUAUCGCAUACUAAGAAGGGAAAUGUUAUCACAGCUAAAUAGUGUACUAGAGAGCUUGGAGUGAGUACGCAUACAAAAAAGUGUCAACCCAAGAAACUACAAGUGAAACUGUUAAAAUGUUUUCAAAAUGCAAUCCACUCGUCCUUCUCUCAUGCACAUCCAUUCUCUUGGCUGUCAUAAUUUGGCCAAUCCUGUGCUACAAUUUUGUCAUGAAUAGCAUGAAAUUGAUGGUGACCACCCUAACCCUCUCGAGGGGCUCGACAACUUAUGGGGAUGGAAUGGACACGGAUCAACUUCCCGACAUCGCACUAAACUUUACCAUGCUGUCAGGAAUCAUCAUCAGUGAAGGGAUCCUGGUCGUGUGCUUGGUCAUCCAGUUUAUGUCGUCUUUCGAUUAUCUCACCGGAUUUGGAAAGGAGUAUGAAGAAAAUUUGUGGAGAUGUCAUAGAAAGGUGCUCCUUCUCACCUCCAUCGUCCUCACCAUCAAACUUUCCGUCUCAUUCCUCAGCUAUUCAACAUUUUUCAACGACUCUUUGUUCGAAUUGUACGCAAUGACCGUCGACUUUAUUUUUUUGGUGGUUGUGAUGAACAUGGCCUUUUUGUCCAACACACAAACGUCGAGUCCAACCCAACGUGCUGUUUCAUCCUCGAGUAUCAUCAGUUCCACCAGCAGUCCCAGCCAUGUUAUCAACGUCCACAGCUUCUUGGAUCGUCCUCCAGCUUACAGUGAUUUGGAAAAGUUAGGAAAAGUCCCAACAUCUGAAGCGACUGCGUCCACAUAAAAAGUUUCGAUAGACACCGUCAAUAUAAUAAAUCUAUAUACCAAGUAUGCGUAUUUGGUGCACUCCCCCCUAUAACGUCUUUUUUUUGAUACGUCAUUAUAUAUAAUAAGUAAUUAAGCUAAACCGUGUGAAACACUGUAAACAUUAUUAUUAUCAUUGUCAUAUAUUUGAGGUGAUUGUAUCUUAUUGAAGACAAAGCAAUAAUAAAUUGCGAAAACUGCUAAUUAUUUUGCCAA